AUGGGUGCCGCGAAAAAGUAUGCCCUCCUACCCAUGGAAGAUGACGAGGUUGGGCCAGCCAAAGUAGUCGAGAAGAAGGAACGGCGUCGGCAUAGGGACAAGCAUUCUUCGUCGAGGCACGAUAAACGCAGCGAGCGCAGCCGGGAACGCUCACCCCGCAGGGAAUCGGAGCAUCGAUCAAAGACGAUUCGAAAACGAGAAGCGACUGACGCAAACUUCGAAGAUCGAUGGGGCGACGAGGAAUAUGUUUCCGAGGAGGAAGAGCCAGAAUUUGUAGAGUCGGCCUCUAAGCGCAUCAAAACGAGCCACACGGAUGAAGAGGAAGAUAUCUCGGACACGGAAAGGGAGCGAAGGAAAGAUCAAGAGGAGAAAGAUGCCUUCGCGAAGAGACUGCACUCAAAAGAUAAAGACAGGACGAAGAAACUCGUGGAGGAUAGGUCGUCGACCAAGGAGGGGAACAUCUUGGCCCAGCGACGGGCCCUUGCCGAAGAUGCUGCUGCGAGAAGUGCUGCGCUUCCCGAUCUGCGAGAGAGGUCACGGCAGGAAUACUUGAAGAAGCGGGAAGCAGAACGGCUGGCGCUAUUAAGAAAGCAGGUUGCGGAGGAGACCGAGGAGCUGCGCAGUGGUGCAAGGUUAUCCGAGAAGGAGAAGGCAGAAUUUGCUAAAAACAGGGAGGUUUUGCGAAUUGCCGAAGAACGAUUGCGAAUCGACGACCACCUAGAUGGAUAUGCUAUGCCAGAUGAUUAUAUUACGGAGAAAGGGAAGAUUGAUAGGAAAAAGAAGGAAGAGGCAAUGUACAAAAGAUAUGUCGACAAGGACGAAUACGGCCAAGAGAAGUUCGUAACAGAACAUGAGGAGUGGGAGAGGGAGCAGGCAUCUAAAGCCAAGGCGCAGAUCCAGAGCAACGAAAGGCUAGACCAAGGAGAAUACGACUAUGUGCUGGACGAAGAGCAGGGGAUCAAAUGGGUUAUGGACUCGACACAAGCUGGUGUGGGCAAGGGUAUCAGCAAAGAAGAGGCCUUCCUAGCAGAACAGCUGAAAGCGGCAGAGAAGAAAGCUCUUUCAAUGGAGGAAACCCGCAAAAGUCUCCCAAUCUACGCCUACAGAGAACAGUUUCUGGCCGCCUUAGCUGAAUAUCAGGUCCUAGUCAUCGUUGGGGAAACUGGUAGUGGAAAAACGACUCAGUUACCUCAAUAUCUGCACGAGGCAGGCUACACAAAAGGCGGACUAAAAGUUGGUUGUACACAACCUCGUAGGGUUGCUGCGAUGUCCGUUGCUGCGCGUGUUGCCGAUGAGAUGGGUGUGAAAGUAGGCAACGAGGUUGGCUAUUCGAUUCGGUUCGAAGACUCUACCAGUGAUAAGACUGUUCUUAAAUAUAUGACAGAUGGCAUGUUAUUAAGAGAAUUCAUGACAGAGCCCGAUUUAGGCGGCUACUCUGCUCUGAUGAUUGAUGAGGCUCACGAAAGGACAGUCCACACUGAUAUUUUACUGGCUCUCGUGAAAGAUCUUGCCCGCGAGAGACCCGAGAUGAAAUUAUUGAUCUCUUCUGCUACCAUGGAUGCGAAAGGCUUUGCGACCUACUUUGAUGACGCACCAAUUUUCAACAUUCCUGGCCGGAGAUAUCCGGUAGACAUUCAUUAUACACCACAACCCGAAGCAAAUUAUCUAGCUGCUGCAAUCACUACUGUCUUUCAGAUCCACACAUCACAAGGGAAAGGUGACAUCUUGGUGUUCUUGACGGGACAAGACGAAAUUGAAGCAGCUGAGCAAAACAUCACUGAAAUAUCGCGGAAACUCGGUAGUCGCGUACCAGAGUUGGUCAUUUGUCCCAUUUACGCCAACCUUCCAUCUGAAUUACAAAGCAAGAUCUUUGAACCGACACCUAACGGAGCACGAAAGGUCGUUCUGGCGACCAACAUCGCCGAGACUAGUUUGACAAUUGAUGGUAUUGUUUAUGUUAUUGAUCCGGGUUUUGUAAAAGAAAACAACUACAACCCAGCUACGGGUAUGUCAAAGUUGGUUGCAGUACCUUGCUCUCGGGCUUCUGCCAAUCAGAGAAGUGGUCGCGCUGGUCGUGUUGGUCCAGGGAAAUGCUUCCGGCUCUAUACCAAAUGGGCCUUCAUGAAUGAGAUGGAGGACAAUACCACACCAGAAAUCCAGCGGACCAAUCUCAAUGGUGUUGUGCUGCUUCUGAAGUCACUAGGAAUUAACGAUUUACUGGAAUUCGAGUUUAUGAACCCGCCUCCUACCGAAACAUUAAUCGGUGCAUUGAAUCAAUUGUUUGCGCUCCAGGCUUUGAAUCACCAGGGCGAACUGACCAAACUAGGACGACAAAUGGCAGAGUUUCCUACCGAUCCGAUGCUUGCUAAGGCAAUCCUUGCAGCAGACAAACUUGGGUGUGUCGAGGAGGUUCUGUCUAUUGUCUCUAUGCUGAGCGAAUCAGCGGCACUGUUCUUCAGACCAAAGGAUAAAAAGAUACAUGCUGAUAGUGCUCGUGCCCGAUUUACUGUGAAAGAAGGCGGUGAUCAUCUCACUUUGCUCAACAUCUGGAAUCAGUGGGUGGAUAGCGACUUUAGCUUUGUCUGGGCAAAAGAGAACUUUUUGCAACAGCGUUCUCUGACUCGGGCUCGAGAUGUUCGUGAUCAGCUAGCGAAGCUUUGCGAGCGCGUUGAGGUCACUCUUUCCACUGUUGGCCAGGCCGAUCUCGUGCCAAUCCAAAAAGCUAUUACCGCUGGCUUCUUUCCGAAUGCAGCAAGACUUCAAAGAGGAGGGGACAGCUAUCGCACUGUGAAAAACAAUACGACUGUCUAUAUUCAUCCAUCGUCUGUCGUGAUGGACAAUAAUCCUCCUGUUAAGAUGGUCAUCUACUACGAACUGGUUCAGACAACCAAGGAAUACAUGAGAAGUUGUCUGCCAAUAAAACCAGAGUGGCUUCAUGAGGCAGCACCACAUUUUCAUAAGAAAAAGGAUUUGGAGGCGCUUGAAGAUCGGAAAAUGCCAAAAGCCAGAAUGUAA